UUAGUCAUAAUCGGCCAUAACUGUUGAUUUGUGGCAGGUUUGCUAAUGAAACAGAUACUUUAUUUUCAAGUUCAGGCAGACGUGAUGUAGUCAAAACUCUAAAGAAAUGAUGUAAUAUGUAAAAAUACUGUAAAUUUAAUGUCAUCACAGAAUAAUAACAGAUUAAAGAUAUAAUUAGAAGAGGAAAUUUAUUAAGACGUUGAAAUGAGUUUGCCACGGCCAACAGGGUUAAAAGCCCCUUCAAAGAUCGGACGCACUUCAGGCCUUCCACAAAAAGCAGCUGCAUCUGCCUCGGGGUCAAGGCCACAAAGCCCUGAAUGUACAUCGGAUACCCACUCUACAGAUGAUUUUAAAAUCGGUGAUCGUGUGUGGGUGGGAGGAACAAAACCGGGAAGAAUUGCAUUUAUUGGAGAGACAAAGUUUGCUCCCGGAGAUUGGGCGGGUAUUGUUCUUGAUCAGCCAACAGGAAAAAAUGACGGCUCCAUUAAUGGCAUUAAGUACUUUCAGUGUGAACCGAUGAAGGGUGUUUUUUCACGCGUUAGUAAGUUGUUUCGACAACCAAUGUCAGUUCCACCUUCGACACCAAAACCUGGAGAUUCUGCUGGGGAUUCAUCUGGGAUGACGAAUGGAGCUUUGCCCAUGAGCACACCACAUCGACCCCUAUCUCGACUAGGUACAUCUAGUAAAACUACCUCGGCGUCUUCCUCAAGUCUCAAUAAUUCAAUCUCAGCAGCAGUGCCUAAAGCCACAUCGACCCCGGCCCCUGGAAGGACAGCAGGGGUUAAGAUUGGUGAUCGGGUUCUGGUGAGUGGAUCGAAGACCGGUGUACUACGAUUUGUUGGAGAGACAGAGUUCGCUAAAGGUGAUUGGGCUGGUGUUGAGUUGGAUGAACAGAUGGGUAAAAAUGAUGGUGCUGUCGCAGGAAAAAGGUAUUUUGAAUGCAAGCCGAUGUUUGGAUUAUUUGCUCCAGUGCACAAAGUGAUGAAAAUUACUGCCAAUUAUAUACCAAAUCAGAUGACUAGAUCGUUGAAUACAAGUUUACGCGGAACACGUGAGCGAAGUGGUAGUCAGGACUCCAUUAGUUCCAUCAGUUCGUCCGUAUCCAGCGUUUCACGAAGUCGGGUAAGACUCGGGGUCUCCACACUCGGAAACAAGAACACCAAGGCAGCCCAAAGACCUGGAGCUGUUUCUGUUAAUACCAGUACAUCAGCACUCCAGAAAGCUCUGAAGGAAAAAGAAGAUCACAUUGAACAGUUGUUACGAGAACGUGAUCUGGAACGAGCUGAGGUUGCAAGAGCUGCUGCACAAGUUGAUGAUGCGGAGAUACAGCUAACAUCAUUACGUACCGGUCAAGAUAGAUAUAAAGAUGAAAUGGAAGAACAGAUAUUAAAAUUAAGAGCUGUAGUACAAGCCUUAGAAAAAGACAAUAAUAGUUUAAAGGGACAAUUAGAGGAUGAAAAAAGAAAAUGUGAAGAUUUACAAUUUCAGAUAGAAGAAGAGGUAAUAGAUAAAGAUGAUUUAGAGAGUCGUACUGAAGAAGAGUCGGCAAGAGUUGAACAUUUAGAAAAAAGUUUUAGGAAAGAAAAAGACAAAGCUGACCAAUAUCAACAAGAACUUGAUAAACUAAAGGCUGCACUUGAAGAAAAAUCAUCAAAACUGAAAGAAGCAGAUUCAACACAACUGACCUAUCUUGACCAAUUAGAAGAAGUAACGCAUAAAUUAUCGUUGGCAGAAAAGAAAAUAACAUCUUAUGAAGCUAGUAAAAUUGACGAUGGGGCAAAGACUAGUCAAGUUGGCAUGGAGUUAGCCGAGAAAACGUCACGAGUUAGUGAACUAGAAGAAAUGUUAGCCAAUAAAAAUCGUGAAUUCAAACAGUUACAAGAUAAAUUGGACGAAGUGCUUGAUGAAUUAAAGACCAGUAACUCUAAAAAUACGAAGAUGCAAGAAGCAAUCGACGAAAUGAAAGCAAAGAUGGAAAGUCAAGGAUCAAAUCAUAAUCAAUUAAGUGAAGAGUUAAAAGCGAUGAGAUCAAAUCACUCAGAAGUACAAAGACAGUUGGAGACAAGUAACGCUAAAUCAGAAGAAUUAGCGGACGAGCGCAAGAAACUGAAGACUCGAGGAAGCACAAAACAACUUGUCCAACUCUUCUCAAAAAAUUUCAAAGCUUAACGAAGAAAUUACGGCGUUGAAGGAGGAGUUUGAGAAAAAUAAAGAAGAAAUUGUAAAUAAAAAUAAUCUUGAACUGUCAGCUGUACAGGGACAGUUUGAGGAUGUGCAAGCUGAACUUACUAAAUCUAAAUCUAGAAUAGAGAAAUUAACUGAAGAUUUUACUAAAGAAAAAGAGGAAAUGAUAAGUAGAAAAGAUGGUGAGAUUAGUGAAUUAAGGAAUCAAAUAGCAAAUAGCGUAGAGGCUUU